GUAUUAGACAGAGGUGUCUGGGUGACUCAUCCUUCUCAUUUAUCCUCUCCUCUCUGGUUCCAGACACACUAUGAGGAUGGAGAGUACAUCGUCAGACAGGGAGCCACAGGAGACACCUUCUUCAUCGUCAGUAAGGGAAUGGUGAGACCCUCAUCAUCAUCAACAUUAUUGAUAAAGGGCUCUCAGCCAGACAUGUUACCUUCUGUCCUAGCCAGGGAGCCAAAUAAGUUCAAUGACUCACCCCAUUCAAAUUAUCAAGAUGUACAGUAUCUAUCUGUCUCAACUAGUGGAACAAACAUCUCUCAUCUCUCCCUCUCUCUCCCUGCCUUUACCCUUCCCUGUCCACAUUCCUCUCUCCUUCUCUUUCUCAAUCCCUCUGUUUCUUUUCCUGGGUCUUCCUUUCCCUUUAUGUCCUCUAGAUCAUAUUAAAAGUUGAAUUAUUGCUCUGUCCCUCAGAUUAGCUAUGUAUUUCUGGUGAACGUGAUGUCAUACCGCAAUAUAACCUUCUAAUGAAUGAAGAUGGAAGCCUUAAUUAAGUCAAAUGACCUUCUAUAUAUCUUCACUUUGGCCAGUUCUGCUGGACCUCCAUCGCUCAGUUGUCAGCUAGCUAAUGACCUGGUCAGUGGUUCCUCACAGACCAUAGCACCAAGAUGUCCAUCAAAUAUGUACAAAGAUUUAGCAUGCACAGAUAUGUCCAUCACCCCUGCUCUGCAUUAAUCUCACUUUGAUGUUGAAUAAUGUAGUGAUUAGUCAAUCAUACAGUUACAGAAAUAUCCAUUACAGAAGGGUUUGAGGUACUUACAGUGCAGCACAUGGUCCCAUAGGUCCCUUCUCUCAGAAUGUAUAAUUGCUCACUCCCCCCUCAUGGAUUUAAAGUGGCACCCCCACCCCUUUGUCCAGGUGAAUGUGACCAGGGAAGACAAGCCCAGCGGGGAUCCUGUCUACCUCCACAGCAUGGGGAAAGGAGACUGGUUUGGAGAGAAGGCCCUGCAAGGGUAA